CUCCAACAACAGCACAACUUCCCCUCUCACCUUCUCCAAUGUCCUCCGAAUCACCCAAGAUGUCUCAAUCUACCAAAGAUAUCCUCCUAAAAGUGCGGAAGAUGAUCCCACCCAUGCUGGAGAAAUUCCACAAAGGACAAAUGGGCAGAGUAGCAGUAAUAGGAGGUAGCGAAGACUAUACCGGCGCGCCAUACUUCUCCGCCAUGGCAUCCGCGCGACUGGGAUGCGACAUGAGUCAUGUAAUCUGCGAACCCCAAGCAGCACAAGUAAUCAAAACCUACUCCCCGAACCUUAUGGUGCACCCCCUGAUGCGCCAAUCCACACACGCCAGCACCACCGAUUCCGCCUCCUCAAUCGCAAAAUCCGUUAUCGAAAUGCUGCCCCGACUUCACGUCCUCGUUAUCGGGCCUGGAUUAGGAAGGGAUAAGCUGAUGCAAGAGACAUGUGCGAAGGUUAUAGAAGCAGCGAGGGAAAGAGGCAUGCCCUUUGUUCUCGACGCCGAUGGUCUCAAUUUGGCGCAAACGAAACCAGAGCUGGUACAAGGUUAUAAAGAGUGUAUAUUAACGCCGAACGUGGUGGAGUUUGGGCGAUUAUGUAAGAGUAAGGGGAUUGAUACCGAGGGUUUAGAGGGUGGAAAGGCGGCGGAAAAGUUAAGUAAUGCGUUUGGUGGCGUGACAAUAGUGAAGAAGGGGAAGGAGGAUUGGAUUUCUAAUGGAGAGAGGACGUUUGUUAGUGAUAUUGAGGGAGGAUUGAAGAGAAGUGGGGGACAGGGAGAUACGUUAACGGGGACGUUGGCUACGUUUUUGGGAUGGAGGAAGGCUUAUUUGGACAAAAUAUGGGAGCAUGAUGGGGCGUUGGAUGAGGUUGAGUUGUUGGCGCUGGCGGCAUUUGGGGGGAGUGCUGUCACGAGGGAAUGCUCCAGGUUGGCUUUUAAGAAGAAGGGGAGGAGUUUGCAGGCUAGUGAUUUGACGGAAGAGGUCUACGUCGCGUUCAGAAAUCUGUUCGAGGAUGGACCAAAGCUAUAGCUUUGAUGAUCUGAGAAUGAAUAAUAAGCGGCGAUUGUGCUGCAAAAGAAAAUUGUUUCGCCGCA